AUGGCCAACAACCCCUCGGAGCCCCAGGCCGACGACUUCCUCGAGCAAAUUCUCGGCCUCCCCAACUUUGCCUCCGCCGAUGCUAAUUUGGCGGGAAGCGACGGCGGUUUGGCCGGAGGACAGGUAUCUCCGGCGUCUAUGAUGCUGCAGCUGAACUCCGUCGACGGGUCCGGCCACCUAGGCGGAGUUGGCGGUGGCGGUGGGUUCCAUGGAGGGGUGUUUCCCUUGGGGUUGAGCUUGGAGCAGGGGAAAGCUGGGUUUUUGAAGCACGAGGAGGCUUCUGGGAGCGGGAAGCGGUUUCGAGACGACGUCGUUGAUAGUCGAGUUUCAUCUGUGAAAAAUGUUUUCCAUGGCCAACCUAUUUCAAAUACAGUUGCUGCAGCACCGCAUCCACCAGCAAUGCGACCAAGGGUGCGAGCUAGAAGAGGACAAGCCACAGAUCCACACAGCAUUGCCGAGCGGUUGCGCAGAGAAAGAAUAGCAGAAAGAAUCAGGGCGUUGCAGGAACUAGUUCCUAGCGUCAACAAGACGGAUAGAGCUGCCAUGCUUGAUGAGAUAAUGGACUAUGUGAAGUUCCUAAGGCUCCAAGUAAAGGUUUUGAGCAUGAGUAGAUUGGGCGGGGCUGGUGCUGUGGCACCACUUGUAACAGAUAUUCCACUAUCUUCAGUUGAGGAAGAAGGCAGCGAAGGUGGUAGAAACCAACCGGCGUGGGAUAAGUGGUCUAAUGACGGCACAGAACGACAAGUAGCUAAGCUUAUGGAAGACAACGUUGGGGCGGCAAUGCAGUUCCUCCAAUACAAGGCUCUCUGCAUCAUGCCUAUCUCACUGGCCUCGGCAAUCUACAACACACAACCUCCGGACACCUCUAGCGUUGUCAAGCCUGAAAUGAACCCUCCUUCCUAAGACCUCAGAAGAACGAUAGGUAUGCAUUCCCGCGGUCCCACCCGAAUACUCACUAGAUGCUCUUGGGUCCCACGCCGUGUUUGUCGUUUUCCCGACCCGCCAUAUCUUAAGCUUCAAAUUGCAUUCAAAGUCAGAUGCCAUAGUUGCUUUUUUUGCCUUUUUCUUUAAGCUUUUGUCCAAACAGGGAUCGAUGUCAAUGCCCUAAAGAAAUAGGAGCAGGCCCUUCAUGCCUUGCCAGCAAAGGAGGAAUUGUCAAAGAACACUUGAUAUGCUCUGCUUUUUUGCAUCAAUGGUGGGGGUAGUGGAAAAUGAUGGAAGCCCUUUUGUAGUGGGGGCUCUAGUAUUGUUUUUGCUUAGUGGGUUGUGGGACCUACUACCUUCUAUAAGGAAUUUUGAGUAGUAUAUAUGAACAUAUUAUGGUUUUUUUUUUUUUUGUAUGUUUAGAGUUAUGUAAUAUAGAGGUGGGAUAAUGAAUGCAUAAUUGUUGCUUAGUUUGAAAAUAUGCGUGUUGCAAGGGAAGAUUCAGGUGAAACGGGGAUUUUAAGGUGACAAUGUCCCAAAUCUAUUGUGUGGUGCUAUG